CUUUGUGCCAGAAGCUCUAUGCGGCCUUUCAGGAUGGAUUCGACCGCCAGCUUCCUUCAGGAAUCUGGCCGAAGUGAAGGGACCCUUAUCUGCGUCCUAGCGGGUCCAACCCUGCCGCCUUAUCUGUCCUCCAGCCUCAGGCUUGGCCAAUAUCGAACAAUGUCUCCAACUACGAUGGAUUAUAUCGGCCAGAACCAGCCGAUGCAUCCUCCGUGGGUAACGCUGAGCUUGCCACGCCGUGCGCCCCAAGGCCUUGGUUGGAACGUGUCUCCCGAAGUCUGAUACCCAAACCCUCGGGGCAUACAUAUGAACCUUCGCGAUCCUCGACCCUGCUGGCAUCCCCCCAAGGACUAGUAGUUAACAGCGGUUGGAAGCCUUUAAAAAUAACAAUGCAUAUGCCAAGUGUCUCCAGCUUCACAGCUCCCCUCCGCUCGAAGGAGGCAUUUCUCGACGCCAUUACCACCGAGCACCAUGGAGAACAUCUAGCGGUGGGCAAUGCAAAAUGGUCUAACAAAGAUCUGGAGCCGACACGACCCGAGGAGCGAACCUGGACGUGGUACAAUCUACCCUUAUACUGGGGCUCGACAGCCUUUGGUACCGCUGGCUGGAACGCAGCUGCGUCUCUAAUAGCCGUCGGGCUGACCUGGAGGCAAGCCUUUGCAUCAUGUGUUAUCGGAGCCUUCAUCAGCGCCCUCGUCGUUACUGGAAUGGCGAGACCUGGAGUUCGGUACCACAUUGGCUAUCCUGUUCUCUGCCGUUCGGUCAUGGGCAUGUACGGUUCCAUGUUUUUCAUCUUCAUUCGAGCCAUCGUUGGCGCGAUUUGGUACGGAAUUCAGUCCUACUACGGCGCGAACCUGAUGUCCACGUGCCUUCGCUGCAUAUUCGGGUAUAAAUGGGAGAACUGGGAUAACACGCUUCCACCAUCUGCAGAUGUUACUUCGAAGCAGCUGCUGUGCUUCUUCCUCGUAUGGCUCAUGGAGCUGCCUUUGUGUUUCGUCCACCCACGCCGGAUCCACUACCUUUUCACGGUAAAAGGUCUCAUCAUGCCCUUCACAACAUUCGGCCUCUUCGGAUGGUGUAUGGCCCACGGCACGGGACUUGCGACCAUUGACGCCCAGAAUGCUGCUGGUGCUAAAGUCGCAGCAACCACCGCUACCGGCUGGGCGAUCAUGAAUGGGAUUAACGUAGUCAUGGGCACUCUUUCUCCUAUGCUCGUCAACCAACCAGACCUGGCUCGAUACUGCAAGAAGCCGCGCGACGCCGGUUGGCUUCAGGGAUUUGCCGUCUUUUUCAGCAAGGUCCUCAUAUUUUUCCUAGGACUAGCUACCACCAGCUCCAUUCAAGGCGCAUACGGCAAAGCGUACUGGAACAUGUGGGAUCUUAACAACGCGAUUCUCGACCAUAAUUGGAACCCCACUGCACGCUUUGGUAUCUUCCUGGUCUCCUUCUCUUACCUGUUCAGUGUAUUUGGGACCAACCUUGGCGCGAAUUCGAUUCCGUUUGGUGCUGAUAUGACUGGCUUGUUCCCGAAGUACCUGACAAUCCGGCGCGGACAGGUGCUCUGUGCGUUCCUAGGUGUCGCACUCGUACCGUGGAAGCUUAUUGCUACCGCUCAGACGUUCAUUACAUUCCUCGGCAGCUACAACAUCUUCAUGGCUCCGCUCUGCGCAAUCAUCAUCAUCGACUAUUGCUUCGCUCGCAAAGGCAACAUCCACGUACCGUCUCUCUACCAGGGCUCAAAAUCUGGUCUCUAUUGGUUUACAGGCGGCGUGAACAUCCUCGGAGUAUUCGCUUGGAUCGCAGGCACCGUAAUGGGCCUGCCCGGCCUUGUCGCAGCCUACAAUCCAAAGCUCGUUCCGCAGGGUGGGAAGGACAUGUAUAAGAUGGGAUGGGUUCUGACCUUCAUUACCGCGGGCACAGUCUACUUUGUACUCAUCAAGAUUCGCAAGCCAAGGGUAUUUCCCACUGGCUUCGAGGAUGUCCCGGUCAGCUGGGAAUAUCUUGCCCUAGAGGGAAGAGAUGGAUUCUUCGAUGGAGAAAGGGGCGGUUAUGCAGGAUAUUCGCCUAGGGAGAGUAUUGGCGAGGGCGUGAGCCAGGUCGAAGAGAAGCCAAAGGGUAUAUACUGAUAUCUCGUGGCACCGUUGGCUCGUGUCGAGCGGGAAUACUUAAUAACGGGCGUCAUGAUGUAUGCACGGGAUUUGGACUUCCGAUUCAGUGUCUCAAUAAGAUCGAGAGUUGUUUCGCACAACAGGUUCGCGAUGGUCGUAUAUUGUCUCUAGCUGGGUUUCAGAGUCGU